AUGGCUAAAGGAGAGAAAGCGACAACUUCCAACACCUCUUCCCUUAUCGCCAGGAUCACCUAUGGGUUCACCUUUGUCCUUCUCUUUUGCCUCACGGCAAGCGCGUUGGGCAUAGAUUCACACCAACUGAACAAGUAUGGCAAUGGAUACGCCCGUUAUCCCACCAAGCAGUACAAACAUGAUCUCGGCCUCAUCCUCUUCAACUGCAUCUUCACCUUCUUGUGGUUGUUGGCUCACCCCUUCAUUUCGAUGGGCAUUUCCAUGUUCUUGACCUUUGUCCUUGCCGUCUUUUGGGGAACAGCUGCCGGUAUCUUGUUCCAUGUCUUGCCCUUCGGCCACACCACUUGUGGCCAUGCCGUCUCUACCUUCCCUUCCAACUGGCAACCCUAUGUCAGUCAAUGUCGUCAACUCACAGCCCUCCACGGCUUGUCCUGGACCAUCUGGGGCAUCUUGACGCUGUUGCUGUUCGGCAGUCUCAUCCACAAAGUCAGGUUCACCCCCAGGCCCCACGUCUCAUACUAUGGUCGCGGCAAUGUCGCGAAUACUGUCUAA